UUUUUUUUAUUUUCAAAAAUUUUCCAGAAAAAUAAAUCCACAUGAAAUUAUAGUGGCUGAGAUUUCUCGUAGUCUUUUUUGUGUUUUAAUUCUCACAAAAAGAAGAGCUUGUUUUCACUUCUUUUGCUUUGCUUUCUUCAAGUUCUGUUUUUCCAAUUUCUGUAGAUUCCGAUCUUUUUUUCAUUGCCGGAAACUAUGAAUUUUCCGACUGGUUUCUGGUGAACUCAUUUUUUCAUGCGUGAUCGUUGUUUCCAGUGUUCUCAUCCUCCAUGGCUAUUUCUCGAGGUAUUGGUGUCUACGGGUUCGUUUUGGUGAGGAUUCUGAAUAAAGGAAUUUUGUUUUAAUUUAAUUGGAAGAAGCUGUCUCUUCUCUCUGUUACGUAGUAAAUAGCACUCAUCAGGUUUUGUGGAGUUCAAAAACGGCUUUACUAUUUGUAGUAUUGAAUGUCCAAAGAAAUGAAAGGAGGUUUGUGUUUUACCCGUUGCUCGUUAGAGAGGAUUUGAAGCAGCGGUAGCGCUGCCCAGGUCCUGUCAAUGGACACAUACUCUUCUGGGGAAGAACUCGUUACUAAGACUAGGAAGCCUUAUACUAUUACCAAACAACGUGAAAGAUGGACUGAGGAGGAGCAUAAUAGGUUCCUAGAGGCUUUGAAGCUCUAUGGACGAGCUUGGCAACGCAUUGAAGAACACAUAGGAACAAAGACUGCUGUGCAGAUCAGGAGUCAUGCUCAAAAAUUCUUUUCAAAGUUGGAGAAGGAGGCACUUGCUAAAGGUGUACCAAUAGGUCAAGCUCUUGACAUAGAGAUUCCACCUCCGCGCCCUAAAAGAAAACCAAACAAUCCUUAUCCUCGAAAAACCGGUGCUGCUACCACAAUUCAGGAUGGAGCUAAGGAUGGAAAAUCUGAAACACCGAUAUCUUCUUCACGUUGCAAGCAAGUGUUGGACUUGGAGAAAGAACCACUUCCAGAGAGACCUAAUGGAGAUGAAAAGUCUACAAAUCUGAAAGAAAAUCAAGACGAGAGUUGCUCUGGGGUUUUUACCCUUCUCCACGAAGCAAAUUGCUCCUCUGCUUCUUCCAUGAAUAAGAAUUUUAUACCAGCGUCAGCAGCACUCAAAAGCUCUUGCACAUUUAGGGAGUUUGUACCUUCUCCAAAAGAGGUAGUAAAUCAUGACAAACAUGUAUUCUAUGUCACUCUUGAACUUAAAGAAAUUUAUAAAGCUUAUAUACUUAAUGUCCAACAGAAAAUUCAUGAUAAUGGUACAAGUAAGGCCUCAAACCUGGAGUAUUCUUGCACUUCAUAUGAUAAACCAGCUCAAGUCCAGAGAAAAGAUGAUUUGGAUGGUGCUUUAUGUGCAGAUGAAAUGCAAGCCGCUCAAAAUUAUCCUCGACAUGUUUCUGUGCAUGUCCUAGAUGGAAGCCUGAGAACAUGUGCUCAAAAUCCUUCCCUGGAUAUGUCAUUUCAGGAUUCUGUAUUUCACCCUAUGGGCGAUGUUCAUGGACCUAACCUGUCUGCAAAUCUAGCUGCAUCUGCAGCUACUGAACAUCAGAAUAAUGCUCUGAGAUCAACUCAGCAGGCACUGCCACCUUUUCACACUCCCUUUAUGCAUCUUCGCCCAAAUCAACAGGACUAUCGAUCAUUUCUACAUGUCUCCUCCACUUUUUCCAGUCUCAUUGUAUCUACAUUGUUACAGAAUCCAGCUGCCCAUGCUGCAGCAAGCUUUGCAGCAAGAUUUUGGCCUUAUGCGAAUAUUGAAAGCUCUGGCGAUUCUCCUGCAUGCGGCUUAGGAGGUUUCCCAUCUAGACAAAUCAACUCUGCUCCAAGUAUGGCUGCAAUUGCUGCUGCAACUGUAGCAGCUGCAACUGCAUGGUGGGCCGCCCAUGGACUGUUUCCUGUAUGUGCUCCUCUGCAUACAGGCUUUACCUGUUUUCCUGCAUCCACUGCUGCAGUUCCACCAAUGGAGAAUGGUCAACCUCCAGCUGCCAAGACAGAACAAAAGGGUAAAACUGAUCAAGCUCUAUCUCUGCAGGUUGAGCAACUAGACCCCGAAAACUCUGAAGCUUUGCAAGGUCAGCAUUCAUCAUCUAAAUCACCUACUUCAUCAUCAUCGGACUGUGAAGAGAGAGGAGAUGCAAAAGUGAAUACUGGAGUGAAAGCUACCGAUGAUGAGAUGGCUGCUGAAGUAAUUGAGCCUCAGGAUGCAAAUAAAACAAAGAACAAAAAACAAGUUGACCGGUCCUCAUGUGGCUCCAACACUCCUUCAAGCAGUGAGGUAGAGACAGAUGCGUUAGAAAAACAUGAAAAAGACAAGGAAGAUUCAAAAGGAGCUGACCCAAAUCAUCCACAAGUUGAAUGUAGCCGUCGUAGUAGUAGAAGCAAUAGCAACCUGAGUGAUUCUUGGAAGGAGGUAUCUGAAGAGGGGCGGCUAGCUUUUCAAGCCCUCUUCUCCCGAGAGGUACUCCCGCAAAGCUUUUCUCCUCCACAUGAUGGCAAGAGCAAGGGGCAGCAAAAGGAAAAUAUAGGUGAAGACAAGCAAAAUCCAGCUGAGGAAGAUGAAGAAAUAUCAACUUUAGAUCUCAACAGCAAGACAUUGGGUUCUUGUUCUGAUCAUCAAGUAACUGUGAAAAAUGCAUUAUCAAGAGACAAGAACACUACAGAAGAGGGCCUGCUGACUAUUGGAUUAGGACAUUCAAAACUAAAAGCUGGCCGAACUGGAUUUAAACCUUACAAAAGGUGUUCUGUGGAAGCCAAAGAAAACAGAGUGAUGAACACCGGCAGUCAAGGUGAAGAGAAAGGUCCCAAGAGGGUACGCUUGGAAGGGGAAGCUUCAACUUGACUUUUACACAAUUGCAUACAAUUAACAAGGGCAAAGUUUGUUUGUUGAAUGCAAUCUCUAAUGUUCUUCCCCCAUAUCUUAUUUCCUUUUCAUUUGUUGAUCUUAAAAGACUUUUAUUCGAUUGCAGCUCACGAGACUUUUCGUGUAGGUGGUGUUGUGUACUAUCUAAUAUCUACAUUGACUUAUUCGCUUUCCUGGACUUUUUUAUCCUUGCAACUGCAGUUAAAAAACUCCCUCUGAGAUGGAAGCAUUUAAAGUAAGUACUGAAUCUGAAUGCCUUUCUUUA